GACGCAGCCGAAAUCUCUGUAUGCGCGAGUGUUGCGCAGUGCUGACGCACCCGAACGCCUUUAAAGUGCUGUCUGAUUGUCAUGUUAAAACAUUUUCUGUUGCUAGACAACAAUAAUGCGCAUUACGUCCGUACAGCGAAGAAAGACAAGAAACGACGUUGCGCUUUAUUGUCGUGUAAACUGUGAAGCUUUAUAGCAUAAUAUCGACCUGCGUUUGUGGCUUUUCUUAACGUCGUCAAGAAACAGCUGCAUCUUGGGAACUUCUUCAUACCCUCUUCACAUUUCAGUCUUUUAUGGUUUUUAUUUCAGGAUACAUAAAAUAUAUACAAAACGAUUUUCUGCUGGAUAAUAUUAAUUAUACUCAUACAUACUCUACCUCUUUAGCUUAUAUGAGAAAGGAGUAUGAUUCUGCUGUUGAUGAUACGCACUGUAGUAGGUAAUAACAACAACAUAAAAUAGUCAAUAGGCUGUAAUGUCUUUAGAAGCUGGUGAACUUGUCACUGAAGAGGAGAUAGAGGACCUGGCAGAGGACAUUCAGUGUAGCAGCAAUGUGUCUGAUACUGAAAAGAAAUCAAGAAAAAAGAAAGUGUCUGGUAGACCACCUCCAUCCCCAAAGUCACCAUACCUGAACAGUGCAAAUCUGCAUCCAAAAAGAAACCAAGUAGCAUCUUUGAGGACUGCGAUAAAGAUCCAGCUCCAUAAAUCCGAAACCUCUCCGACUGGUACACCGAGGGACGUCUGGAUGCACUUACAAAAUGAUGCACAUGGGGCCUUAUCAAAGACUCCUAAAGGAGUGGAUUACAGUAUCACACAGUCCAGCACACCUGAAUACUUGAAAGAGGCAUUAGGAAUGAAAAAGCCAAAAUAUUCUCGAUCCUCAUCUAAUGGUUAUGCGCCAGGGACUCCAGACUACAAAGAGAAGGAGGAUAUGUAUGAUGAAAUAAUUGAUUUAAAAAAGACCAUCCAAGCCCAAAAGGCUGAAUCUGACAAGAUAAAGGCCAAACUGCGACAUCUCGAAGAGGACAACGUUAAGAAAGACAGACAAAUCGAACAGCUGCUGAAUCCAGCAAAGGACCCGGAGUAUGCCAGGGGCUUAGUGGACAAGAAAACCGAUCAUAGAUCAAUCAUUAAUGGACUGAAACACAGAAUCAUGCGACUGGAGCAGCAGUGCAGAGAGAAGGAGAAUGCAUUGAGUCAACUUCAGAGUGACCUUAAAAUUACCAACAUGCAGGAAAUGAAGAUCACCGUAGAAACCUACUAUGAAGAGGUUCAAAGGUUGCGUGUGUUGUUGGAGUUAGCAGAGAAAAGUAAUAAUGCAGAGAGCAAAGACGCCAGGCAAAAGAACAAGUCCCUUAGUGCAACAGUGCUGAAACUCACAAAGACUGUUAAACAGUUGGAGGAUGAGAACCAGGAACUAAAACAAGAAAUGACACGGGAAGAGAUCAGCAUGCUGGAAAGCCCUGUGUGCCGGGCCAAGGGUUAUAUGGAUUGGAGUAAACAGAGACUGGUCCGACGAAUCCUGGACCUCGAAAAGAGAGUUGAGCAGAUGAAGAAUCUUCAGGUCUCUAAAGUGUCAGAGUCACAGAAGGGCCCAGAAGAAGUCACUGAGUCUGAAUUAGCCAAUCAGAGCAAAUCUGUUGAUGCAGAGAUACACCUGUCAUUGAAUACUGAGACUAAUGCGCAUCUAAGAGACGUGCUUAAGAAACUUCAAGUGGAAAAUAAAGAAUUAAAGGAUAAACUAACCUGUCGAGAUGAGGAGAAAAAGCAGCUGUCUUUUGAGAAGGAUGAAAGCAUGAAAGAGGUGCUUAAAGAACAAAUCAAAGACCAUGAAAGACUGAUGCAGACACACAGGCAGGAGAUGGGAGCGCUUAUCAAAGAACUGAACUGUUUAAAAGAAAAACUGGAGGAGGAGAGAAAAAUCAGAUUCGUACAGGAUCCAAGUCAGGUCCAGGACGCUUGUUUGUCACUACCAUGCACAGAAAAAUCAUCACCAUUAUUGCCGGAACAGAUGGUUAAAAACAGAGCAGCGAAUGUUAUCCAGACACACUGGCGUUCACACCGAGCGCAGGAUCUGGUUUUCUUGCAGUCCUGCCUCAGAGGGCAUUUAACCAGACAUAGGCAAUUAGAUAGACAGACGAUGGCAGACCCAGGACCUGCCUCUGUUGCCAUGAUACAGUCAGAUACAAACACUCGGGCUGUUGGUUGUGUCCAGGAUGAGGAAGUGACCCUGCUUCAGUCUGUUUUUAGGGCUCAUAUCAAACGCAGCAUGCUGAGGACGGAAAGGGCAUCUACAGGUACAGAACCUUUAUCUUCCACCCAUACGAAAAUGCAGCCUCUCUCUAUUCCUCCACUGUUGUCCAGAGGCUCCUCGCAGGCCACAUUGAGGAAUAAAGCGCCAACCUCAGGUGGAACUCAGAAUGGUGAGGUGAAUAAAGAAGAACCAAACUCUGUGCAUUCCCACAAACAGUCACUUAUAGAUGAAAGGAGUGUCCGACAACAGCCAUCAGAAACAGAAGUCCCAAAAACAGUCGAUUCGGACGACUCCGAUGAUGAGAUCAUCAUGUCUCCUUCAAGGCCUUUGAGAAAAAGAGAAACAUUCCUGUAUCCACUCGAUGCAAAUGACUUGGUUUCAUUCUAAGCAUUUUAGGGAUAUACACUGACAUCUAUGAGGGAAAUAACAAAGAUUACAUGAAUGAUGGAUCAUUAUUGUGGUUAUCACACUUUAUCAUUCAACUAAAACUGCUUUGUUUUGACU